CACACCCCUCUCAUUCUUUCCUCGGCGCGACUCGAUUAACUCGUAUAAUCAUGAUGCUGCGGUGCGCAAGGACAAAGACUGCGACGGCAGUGGCGACCUCCAGCCUCAUGACUAGGGCCUUUCUCCCGGCGAUGGCAUCCACUUCUAGGGCACAAAUCCAUUCUGUAUAUGCAAAACGUACCAGCAGCAACACGGCGACCGCUAACGACUAUAUACCAGAGAAUAUUGACGCUCCAUUACCCAGGAGCAUCCACAGUAGUCUGGACAACGGCACCUUCGAGCUGCAGAAGAGCAGACUCUUGACGUCAAUGGAUAUGCUAUAUCAGAUUCAGGACGCGCCCACGGAAAAGUUGGAUAUCACGCCGCUGGAUGAUCAGGAGGCACAGUACUGGGCACGGCGUAUGAAUACAGCUAUGACGGACCUUGAACAGGAGAAGACGCGUCUCCGUGUUGUGGUGGUCGGAGAGUCAAGUGGACAAGAGUCGAUCAUGGACCUGUUAUUGCCUAGUGAGCAGAACAUCAGACGAUCUGCCAAGGAUACAGGAAAGGUCCAUCGUGUUCGUUAUGGCUCCACGUAUACGCUCUUGGAGGACGGAUUAGAGAACAUUGAAAAGGCGCCGAUCAGCUGGCUGCAAGGUCUGACGGACGAGGAUGGAGGCGAGAUUGUUGAGAUCCCAGGUCUGGAUCUGGAUGACUUGGCGAUGGACGACAUUGUGUACAGCAGCGACCUGAUCCUCUUCCGAACGGACGCACAACGUCAACUUUCACUGGAACGUGAACAACAUUUCCUGAACCGAUAUCGCCAUAAAUCCCAGAUCCUCAUCGUGGCCGACAUGAGCAGCGCGGAUAGCUCCACUGAAAGCCUGACGCUCUCGAAUUUGAAGGCCAAUAUGGUCCAUGCAGUCAAAUCGACCGUAGGCGGGUACAGCAACAUCCCCCACGGAAAUUCAGCGGUCGCCAAGGUGCUUCGCAUCUCUAAUCCAGAACCCAUCCCCCCGGUGGUGGGACUCGUCCCGCGCGCUCAGUCUGAGGAUCGUUAUUUGGAGGCAGUCGGUGCGUUGCAAAAGCUGGUUGCGGGGACACUGCUGCUUGAGGGUGCACAGGAUCAACAUCGACGUACGGCUUUGUUGACAAGGUGCCGUGACCUAAUGGUCUCGGGUAUUGAAAGCAUGGAGACUCGACUUCAGGGACGGUUAGAUACGUUUGCACAGGUUGAUAAGCUGUCAGAGUUCGCGACACGGGAGAUCAAGAGGAUUGAGGCAUUGGAGCAGGAGAGGAUGGUGGCACAGGUGACAGACGGGGAUGUAGAUAAGGAUGUGAAGCAGAUGAGAAGAGUCCUGGACCAUUUUUUCAAGUCGGAGGUGCCCUUCUGGAUGCUGUUUGCUCGAAGCGGCGAAAUUGCGGAGAGGAUGCAUGAGCAGUGGACGGUCGGGGCCUUUGCAGAGACGGAACAUCGCAUGGCAUAUGCAUUGGGACGUUUACAUCAAAGCUCACAGGAGACAUUCAGGACUACUCUCAAGGCCAUUGACGCGCUCAGCGCCAAGCUCGAGCAGACCAAGCCUAUCGGCAGCACCGCUGUUCUCCAGGAUCUCGCCAGCGCGCGUCAGCUGUUGAGUCAUGUACAGGACGAUACUCAGCAGGAGAUCAAGGACAAGGACGCGUUUGUGGUCAGCAAUGUUAUUUGGAAACACCGCAACGCCUAUGGCGCCGUGGAGCGAUCUCUAGAAGCCGGGCGGCCGGGCGCAUUGGAGCGACUUCAGAGGCGAGGGCAGGUCACAUUGGCACAGGGUCUAGGAUUGCAGGGAACGGCAUUGUUUGCAGGACUAGGAUUGGCACAACAGUACCCACCAGAGAUCUAUCUGACGAGCGGAACGCUGUUAGCGGCCCUUGGAUUAGGGUAUAUGCAGAUCCGAUGGAAGGCAGCGGAGAAUGAGUUCAAGGCGGAGGCGGAUGCACUUGCAGAGCAGCUGAAGCAGGACAUUGUCAAUACGUACCAAGAACAGGUUGACAAGACGAUUGUUAAGCCGCUUUCGGGUGUGGUGCAAAAGCUGGACAAGAGCCUAAGCGAACGGCUGUUUAGAUCGCUGGAACAGCGUAAGGUUCUGGCGGGAAUCAAGCGCGAUGCUUGGGGCGAGGAUGAGAUUAAGUACUAGAGUGGAUUUAUACGCAUUAUAUCAAAAAAAA